UACACACCGUAGAAGAAGAAGAUGAGGAAGCUGCUUUGCUGCCUUCCAAGGUUAUAACUGCAGAGCUCUAUAAAACUUUGGGUUUGGACAAUUAAAAAUAAUCAGCAUGACAGCAAACACAUGUAGAAAAGCAGCGAUAAAAUGUUAAUAACUCUGUGUUACGUCUACAUGUGGGUCCUUUUUCACAAGUGUUACUCGGUGUUGAUCCGCAACAGUCUGUCGAGGCUGAGGAGCAGGAAGAGCCGCCUCUGCCUCGGCUUCUGUUCCGGCUCCGGUUCGGCUUCUACAUCCUGCACAGCACCGCCCCCAGGACUCAGCGGAGCCGCUCCAAAUUCACACAACCUUACCGGUCCCGGAGACAAUGUUUUCCUCCAGCUCGGAGACAAGGCCGUCUAUGUCACGGAGCCUCAGGCGUGUGGUGACCUCAGCCAAUGGACCGUUCUCACAUCCUCUCUGAUUGAUGCUCCUUGGAUCGAUAACAUCUCCUUCAUAAUAGAAGCUGCUGAGAGCAAAGUGGGAUUUGCUUCUCCUGCGACAAAUAAGCAAGUGCUGAAGUGGUCUGACUACUGUUUCCCGUUGGCCCUCAGCCCUGGCCAGCCAUUCAGAGCGGUGGCCCAGACCACUGAGGAGAACUUCACUCGUCUCGGGGUUGCAUUCAUCGAAGAUCGCCUUCAGCUGGACAGUGGACUUGUGCCUUCCAAGAUAGUCCCAGUCCUUCUCCAAGACGGUCCUUUAACCAAAGCGUGUGACCGACGGUGUCUGCAGAUCCCGCACCUGCUCCCCUCCUCUCCUCCCAAACACUUUGUCUCUGGCUCCUUCUCUCAGCUGCUGCCAGCCGACCAGCAGAACCCACAGUGCCGAAAAGGUAGUCUUCUUAUUGCCCCAGAGGUAAAGAGGAAGUUAGAGGAGUGUCGGGGGUCGGAGCCUCUACCCAGCUCUCAGAUUGUCCAUCAGGAAUACCAUCAUCACCACAUGGAGGGCCAUGGACACCCACUUCAUCUCUCCAGCUGCCAUGAAUGUUUAGAACUUGAGAACAGCACCAUCCUCUCCGUCAAAUACGCCUCAGCUGAGAACAUUCCAGAUCUACCAGAUGAUCAUUCGGUAGGACCGGACAGUGUAGAAGGGUGUUUUAGCGAACUUGAACAUGACUUCAAGGUUUCUUCUGGGCAAAGUGGUGGAUGUUCAACAGCCCCUAAUGUUCUCGUGUACACGGGUGGAUGCCAGGAACGCUUUCAAGCCAUUCGUAAGCUUUUGUCAGACUGCAUAAAUGUAGAAAACAAUAUAAUAUACCCCCUCCUGCAGGAACAGGCACUAAAUGACCCAUGGCUGGACAAUACCAGACUCCUAGUUCUGGCAGAAGAGGAACCCUUGACCCCUGAGCUUCAGACCCGCUUUCUCACAUACUUAUGCAACGGUGGAAAGGUACUGGGGCUGGGCUCCGCUUUGUGCCCGACGGGUCUCCAUCUGGAGGUCAGGGAAGGACAAUCCUUGCAGCGCCGAAGGUUGAUUUUCACCAGAGAGGAUAGCACAGAGCUGGAAGCAACCAUUUUAACAAGUGGAAAGGUCUACAUUAGAGACCCCCGGGAGGGAGGAGAAGUGGAGCUUUGGGGGGAGCUGAAAGGUGACGUCUCUCAUCCGAGAGAAAUGGUUAUAGUUCGGCUAACGCAUGGAGCAGACGGCGGGGAAGCUGUCCUCUGUCAGGUUUAUUUUGACAUUGCAUCACACUCAAACAACCUCAAUUCAAGUGAUUUUGAUGAGCUGAAGGUCAGCAAUGAGCUGCGCUAUGAAAUCCUGACUGAGAUCCUGAACUCACUGGGUGUGAACUGUGAAGCGCGACCGACUCCUGCCCCGGGUCCUGUCUACCUGUUGGCCACCUCUCAGGAGCGCAAAGCAAGUUUCUUGAAGGUGCUACAAAAGCGGGCAGAUGAAGACGGGAUCAUUCGAUUCUCCAAAGCCUCCUUCAGAAUGGUGCCCAGCACCGGCCCAUGUGAAGGUCCUGUGGUGCCCGAGGACUGCCUGUCUUUGAUCACGGAAUCCGAGGACACCAAACAGUUUAUGGAGACCUACUGCAAACAGCUGAGGACCAAAGAGCUGGGAAACACAGUGCUCUACGCUGAGGUCGCCACUUCCACCAUGAACCUACUUGAAGGGCUGCUGCUCCACUUGCCAAAGAAUGUUGGUGUGAUAUCAGUUGCUUCUCAGCAAACACAGGGAAAAGGCCGAGGCAGAAAUGCCUGGCUCAGCCCACUGGGCUGUGCCAUGUUCACUGUUGGGGUCCGAGUUGAGCUGGACUCCAGGCUCGGUCAAAGGAUUCCUUUCCUGCAACAUCUGGCUGCUUUAGCUGUUGUGGAAGCCGUUUGCACACUUCCUGGAUAUCAGGACAUCAACCUGAGAGUAAAAUGGCCCAACGACAUCUACUACAGUAACCUGAUGAAGCUCGGGGGGGUUUUGGUCACAUCCACCGUCGUAGGAUCAACUUUUCAUCUGCUUAUAGGAUGUGGCUUUAAUGUGACGAACAGCAACCCAACAGUGUGCAUUAAUGACCUGAUCCAUCAGUACAACAGGCAGAACCACUGCAGUCUGGAGCCUCUCAGCUGCUCCCAGCUCAUCGCUCUCACUCUGAACUGCCUGGAAGAUCUCAUCCAUAGUUUUCAGCACAAAGGACCAGAUGCUGUUCUGCCCACCUACUAUAAAAGAUGGCUUCACAGUGGGACUCUGGUACGUCUGUGGAGCGAGGAGGGACCAGAAGCUCAGGUGGUAGGCCUCGAUGAUAACGGCUUCCUGCAGGUGUACAAUAAAGAGGAAGGCGUCAUCUCUGUGGAGCCUGAUGGGAACUCAUUUGACAUGUUGAAGAACCUGGUGGUGAGGAAGCGGAACUAGAAAGAGCUGCUGUCACCCCUUUAGUCUCCCCACUGGAGCAACGCUACCUUCAAUUGGAUACAAAACGUUCCAACAACAAGAGAGUAAUAUUUGGAUGCCAGCAAUUUUUUUUCUUCUGUUUUUCAAAUAUCUGUGAUCUAUAUUUGCUAAGCCUUAUUAUAUGGCACCCUGUAUGGAAGGUUGUCUUUUUUUUUUUUUAUAAGUGACCAAAAGUAGUGGGACCUUUUUAUGCUUAAAUCUGUUUUUAUUUCUGUUGUUUGACAUGUCAGCUGGAUGAAAGCCUGCAGGAAGAAAUAAGCUCCCUGAAGAAGUUUUAAAACUAAAAGGUGUUUAAGAAGCUUA